AUGGUCUCUUCGAGGGAUUUCUCUGUACAAGUACUGUCAGAUGCUUCAGUCCUGACACAAUACGAUGAUCCAGAGCCAGACCACGAGCUCGGCAGCCAUGAGCACAGUAAAUAUAUUGAGGCCGUCACGGAAUCCACGUUCAGAUUGAAAGUCAUCCUGCACCCUACCUUCAACAUCCACCUGCUGAAGCAUGAUGAUGUCGUGAGGACCUGCUUUUACUUCGACGAUGACAAUCUAGGCUGGUGUCUCGACUUUGAGAGAUCCUACAUUGAUCGGUGUCGCGCGUCUGGACAGCCUGCCUAUCGGGAAAUCACACAGAUCCACAUGAAAGAUCUGAACACGGGAAAGUGGCUCAAAGGGGAUCUGAGCUUUGGGGCACUGCUCACAAGUAAGUGGCAUACCGGUCUUGAGGAUACAGAAACACAUCCUGAUUCGGUUUCAGAGGAGAGCAAUGACAAACAGAUCAAGCCAGAAGAUAUAAAGGGCUUAGGGAGCAUUCGAAUCACUAUCCAACGAAUCAAUAGGCAGGCAACAGGCAGAUAUCAAGAGUCACGUGACGGCCACCAAAAUCGUUGUGAGGAGCUGCCAGAGAAAGCGUUGAAAGGCAAGGCUGUGUCUAAUAUCGUCAAGUAUAUCAUGGCUCGCCUUGCGUGA